UGUCCACUCAUAUCACUGAUCAUAAGAGUUUUCAUUUUUCGUUCUCUCUUUUCUUAUUUAAUAAAAAAAUAAUCAUAUAUUCAAAUAACCAUAAUAAAAAAAACUCCAACCGCCAUUUCUGUUUUGAAGCAGCACCUCUUGCUUCUCUUUUCAGACAUAUUUAUAUAGAAAAACAAUCGUAAUGUCGUCGACAAUGAAAGGAAUGGUUAUAAGGACGAGUGUAUGCAAUUAUAUCAAUAAGCAGAGGUUAGUCGAAGGGAAGUAUGUGGAUCAGCUGAGUGAUCUUUUUCUUCUUCGAGAAAAGCGUCGUCAGGAUCAUCGUGUUCGUAUCAAGGCCAACAACUACGGACUUUCGUGCUUACGUGGCAGAAUCCGAUCACAAGUUGUUAGUACUCCGGUAUCCGAUCCGACAGCACCGACUACUAAAAAGAGAGUAUUUACUUUUGGCAAAGGAAGGAGUGAAGGCAACAAGAGCAUGAAGUCUUUGUUGGGAGGGAAAGGAGCAAAUUUGGCUGAGAUGGCAAGCAUUGGAUUAUCAGUGCCUCCUGGACUCACCAUAUCAACAGAAGCAUGUCAAGAAUAUCAGCAGAAUGGGAAAAAGCUUCCGGAAGGUUUGUGGGAUGAGAUAUUGGAAGGCUUGCAGAGUGUGGAGAAGGACAUGGGAGCUACCCUUGGUGACCCUUCCAAGCCUCUCCUUCUUUCUGUUCGCUCUGGUGCGGCGAUCUCUAUGCCUGGCAUGAUGGACACUGUCCUUAAUCUUGGACUUAAUGAUGAAGUUGUUGCUGGUUUGGGUGCAAAAAGCGGAGAGCGUUUUGCUUAUGACUCUUACAGACGUUUUCUAGACAUGUUUGGGGAUGUUGUAAUGGGUAUUCCACACUCAUCAUUUGAGGAGAAAUUAGAAAGUAUGAAGGAUGCAAAAGGAGUCAAACUUGAUACCGAUCUAACAGCCGCUGAUCUGAAAGAGCUGGUGGAGCAAUACAAGAAAGUAUACCUUCAAGCUACUGGUGAAGAAUUCCCUUCAGAUCCAAAAAAGCAACUUCAAUUAGCUGUAAAAGCAGUUUUUGAUUCUUGGGACAGUCCAAGGGCCAUCAAGUAUCGGAGCAUCAAUCAAAUUACUGGCUUGAAAGGAACUGCGGUAAAUGUUCAAUGUAUGGUAUUUGGUAAUAUGGGAAACACUUCAGGAACAGGUGUUCUGUUCACUAGAAAUCCAAGUACUGGUGAAAAGAAGCUUUAUGGGGAGUUUCUAAUUAACGCUCAGGGAGAGGAUGUAGUUGCUGGAAUCAGAACACCAGAAGACUUGGAUACAAUGAAAAGUUGCAUGCCUGAAGCUUAUGCAGAGAUUGUGGAGAACUGUGAAAUUCUAGAGAGCCAUUACAAAGAUAUGAUGGAUAUUGAGUUCACAGUUCAGGAAAAUAGAUUGUGGAUGUUGCAAUGCCGAUCAGGAAAGCGUACUGGUAAGAGUGCAGUCAAGAUUGCAGUAGACAUGGUAAAUGAAGGACUUGUUGAUGCUCGCUCUGCAAUUAAGAUGGUGGAACCACAGCAUCUCGAUCAACUUCUUCAUCCUCAGUUUGAGGAUCCGUCAGCCUACAAGGACCAAGUGAUUGCAACCGGCUUGCCUGCAUCUCCAGGGGCAGCAGUAGGGCAAAUUGUGUUUAGUGCUGAUGAUGCAGAAGAAUGGCAUGCACAGGGAAAAAGCGUCAUUUUGGUAAGGACAGAGACAAGUCCAGAGGAUGUUGGAGGCAUGCAUGCAGCUGCCGGGAUAUUAACAGCUAGAGGAGGAAUGACAUCUCAUGCUGCUGUUGUAGCACGGGGUUGGGGAAAAUGUUGUGUAUCUGGCUGCUCGGAUAUCCGUGUUAAUGAUUCUGAAAAGGUUGUUGUAAUUGGGGAUAUGGUAAUUAAUGAAGGAGAGUGGAUCUCACUCAAUGGAUCUACAGGUGAAGUGAUCUUAGGAAAACAACCACUAUCUCCUCCAGCUUUAAGUGGUGAUUUAGAGACAUUUAUGUCUUGGGCUGAUGAAGUGAGGCGCAUCAAGGUUAUGGCGAAUGCUGAUACUCCUGAAGAUGCACUAACAGCAAGAAAUAAUGGUGCACAAGGGAUAGGACUUUGUAGGACAGAGCAUAUGUUCUUUGCUUCAGAUGAAAGGAUAAAAGCUGUCAGGAAGAUGAUAAUGGCAGUUACGCAAGAGCAGAGAAAGGCAGCAUUAGACUUGUUACUACCUUAUCAAAGAUCAGACUUUGAGGGAAUUUUUCGUGCAAUGAAUGGCCUUCCAGUAACAAUCCGACUCUUGGACCCUCCACUUCAUGAAUUUCUGCCAGAAGGUGAUGUGGAACAGAUUGUAGGUGAACUAACUGCUGAGACUGGCAUGACUGAAGAUGAAGUUUUCUCAAGAAUUGAGAAACUAUCAGAAGUAAAUCCUAUGCUUGGUUUCCGAGGAUGCAGGCUAGGGAUAUCGUACCCAGAACUGACUGAAAUGCAAGCACGUGCAAUCUUUCAGGCUGCAGUCUCAAUGAGCAACCAGGGGGUUACUGUUAUUCCUGAGAUAAUGGUUCCCCUCGUUGGAACACCUCAGGAAUUAGGACAUCAAGUGACUUUGAUACGCAAUGUUGCAACAAAAGUGUUCUCUGAGAUGGGAGUUACCUUAAGCUAUAAGGUGGGGACGAUGAUUGAGAUUCCCAGAGCUGCUCUCGUCGCAGAUGAGAUAGCAAAAGUAGCAGAGUUCUUUUCCUUUGGGACCAAUGACCUCACACAAAUGACAUUUGGGUAUAGCAGAGAUGAUGUUGGCAAGUUUCUCCCCAUUUACCUUUCUAAAGGCAUCUUGCAAAGUGAUCCAUUUGAGGUACUUGAUCAGAAAGGUGUUGGCCAACUCAUCAAGAUUGCCACCGAAAAGGGCCGUGCAGCUAGGCCGAGCUUGAAGGUUGGAAUAUGUGGAGAGCAUGGCGGGGAGCCUUCGUCUGUCGCGUUCUUUGCAGAAGCUGGACUAGAUUACGUUUCAUGUUCUCCGUUCAGGGUUCCUAUUGCAAGGCUAGCAGCAGCACAAGUUGCUGUCUGAAAGAGAAUUUCAGGAUUGAGGAAUGAGGAGCUGCUCCUGCCCCAGCAUCAGCACCAGCACCAGCACCAUAUUACUCUCAAUUUAUUCAGUUGUAAAUAACAUAUAACUACAGUAACACCAACCAUGAAUAAGAAUAGCCUUAAAAUAGAAAGUUGAAAUGUACCUUAUAGAAAAUGUAAAUAAAGGUGUCUCCUUAUAGAGGAGAAAAGUGCAUCAGGCCUCUUUCUGUUGUGAUUCUUCCAUUUAUUCAGUGAAUAAAUGGCAAAUGUACAAACUUCUACAUGUAAAGUACCGACUAUUGAAUAUCAUGUUCAAGAAAUAAUUUGAUUUUUGUACA